AUGCAUUUUUCUUGUCGUUCUGGCGCCGUGCAAUCACGAAUGACCUCUUGUACAUGGAAGGAUACCUUGCUGGUUGACAAGAAUUAUGACAAUGGUAUAGGCACGAAAUUUGUUCAUCUGAUCGGGGCAGGACAAGACGACCUAGGAUGCGUAUUCGAAGCAUAUCUCAUGAGGAGCGUUGCCCAUAACUCCCUCCGGAAAGAAAUUGUUUCAGAGUCUGUGCGGAAGAUUGACCUUAGAAUCUACAUUGGGAAGCGCGAAAUCGGAUGCGUUAUCCACUCAGGCCUUUACAUAGGGCUGAUUGUUGCUUCAAACCCUGAUCGAGCGAUGUUUGGAACUGGUCUCGGCUCCGCUACAUAA